CACUCUAAUGAACAUAAACACCAAAACCAUAGUUUUUCCUUCAUCUAAAAUCCCACAAAUAUUAUAAAACCCCUCACAGAAGAUACCUUUUUAGCUCAAAGGAAUAUCGGUUCUUCAAGAAAUGGGUAGCUUGGGACAGAUUUUGAGACACCCAGAUGAGAUAUAUCUACUGCUUAAGUUGAAGAUGGAAAUUAAGAAAGCUCAGAAGCAGAUCCCACCAGGGGAACACUGGAGAAUCUGCUAUUCCUUACUCCACAAUGUUUCUACAAGCUUCUCUUACGUCAUUCACCAACUUCGAACCGAGCUUCGAAACCCCAUGUGUGUGUUCUACUUGGUUCUUCGAGCUCUUGAUACCGUCGAGGAUGACACAAGCAUUUCAAAGGAGGUCAAGCUUCCCAUCCUGACAGAUUUCCACCGUCACAUAUAUGAUCGUGACUGGCACUUUUCGUGUGGUAGGAACGAGUUCAAAGUUCUAAUGGACCAAUUCCACCAUGUGUCUUCCGCUUUUCUCCAACUUGAAAGAGGGUAUCAAGAAGUUAUUGAGGAUAUUACAAAAAGAAUGGGUGCAGGAAUGGCCAAGUUCAUUUGCCAGGAGGUAGAAACUAUGGAGGACCACACUGAAUAUUGCUACUAUGUUGCUGGACUUUUGGGUUUUGGCCUGUCUAAACUCUUCCUCGCAUCGGGAUUAGAAGUUUUAACUCCAGAUUGGGAACAUCUUUCCAAUUCAAUGGGCUUAUUUCUACAUAAAACACACAUUAUCAAAGAUUAUCUUGAGGACAUUAAUGAGAUACCAGAGCCACGCAAGUUCUGGCCUCGCCAGAUUUGGAGCAAAUAUGUUGGCAAGCUUGAGGACUUCAAAGAUGAGGAGAACUCGGCCAAAGCAGUGCAAUGCUUAAAUUAUAUGGUCACCGAUGCAUUGAUUCAUAUUGAAGAUUGCUUUAAGUACAUGGCUGCAUUGCGUGAUCCUACCGUAUUUCGGUUUUGUGCCAUCCCUCAGAUUAUGGCGAUUGGAACACUUUCAUUAUGCUAUGACAAUGUACAAGUCUUUAGAGGCGUUGUGAAAGUGAGGCGAGGUAUAACUGCUAAAGUCAUGGAUCGCACAAAAACAAUGGAUGAUGUCUAUGGCGCUUUCUAUGAUUUUUCUUGCAUGUUGAAUGCAAAGGUCGAUAAGAAGGAUCCAAAUGCCACGGAGACUCUACACCGACUUGAAGUUGUCCAAAAACUCUGUAGAGACAUUGGGGUUCUUCAGAAGAGGUAAAUUAUUUUCAUCGUAUCUUCUUGUUCUUUAGAAAGUUCUCAUGAAGAUUAUUUAUGCCCAGUCAAAUAAUUCGCCUUUUUGUCGUUCCACAGCCUGCUAUGUUUUUGGUUUGUAAUUAUGCGAAAGAACCUUGUUGAAUAGAAUUAUCGAUCGGGGUUCUAAUGAAUCUUUACCUUUCUU